CUCCAAACACCUAACCGUCAGUUGCUAUUUACCCCAGAGGUUCUGGAUCGCCUGAUACGGGUUUCCAACCCUUCACUUUAUCCUUCCAGACCUACAACCGCGGUCGCCGGAAAGCGACUGCCUUGUCGCAAGAUGGGGAAGCUCAUUCGGCUCGAGCUCUUUAACUUCAAGUCAUAUAAGGGGCACCAUACCCUUCUCUUCGGCGAUGCUUAUUUCACGUCUAUUAUUGGACCUAACGGGUCCGGAAAGUCUAACUCGAUGGAUGCUAUUUCUUUCGUGCUAGGAAUCAAAUCAUCCCACUUGCGAUCUACGAACCUUCGCGAUCUUGUGUACCGCGGCCGUGUCCUGCGCACAUCGAAACUUGAUGCCGAUGGUAAUGUCAUUGACGAAGAACCGAACGGGCAAGACCACGCAGAAGACGGAAUCGAUGGGGAACAAUCACAAGACCCCAAUGGAGUGAAUGACCCGAAAACAGCUUGGGUUAUGGCAGUCUAUGAAGAUGAUGCUGGUGAGGAACAGCAAUGGCGCCGGUCGAUUACGAGCCAGGGAGUCAGCGAAUAUCGUAUCAACAAUCGCAUCGUGACCGCACAGCAAUAUAACGAGGCUCUUGAGACGGAGAACAUCCUAAUUAAAGCGCGUAAUUUCUUAGUCUUCCAGGGUGACGUAGAGGCAAUUGCGUCGCAGUCACCAAAGGAUCUUACUCGGUUAAUUGAGCAGAUUUCCGGCAGUCUGGAGUACAAGGCCGAGUACGAACGUCUCAAGGCGGAGGCGGAAGAGGCUGCGGAACAACAGACAGUUCAGCUCAACCGUCGGCGAGCCAUUAACUCUGAGAUCAAACAAUAUCAAGAGCAAAAGCGGGAAGCCGAAAAUUACGCCCGCAAAGCGGAGGAGCGCGACCAAGCUAUCAUCACUCAUAUCCUAUGGAAACUCUUCCACUUUCAACGUAUGAUCGACGAUUCGAGCGCGGAGAUUUUGAAAUACCAGGAUGAACUCAAGGAAUAUCGCCGGGGCGUCGAGAAGUACGAAAACAAUGUCGAAGAUGCAAAGAAGGCGCACGCGGCAGUUGGCCGGGAAGUAGCAAAGGCCGAGAAGAAUAUUACGAGGAAAGAGAAGGAUAUUGAGUUGGCCGCUAAUGAAUUGGUCCCGAUUGACGAGAAAGUCGACAUUACUAUGAAGAAGGUAGAGCGGUUCGCUUCUCGGAUUGCAGAGAUCGGCAAAGAGCGGGACUCCCAGUCGGCCAACGCUAAACGCCUCGAGAACGAUCUCAAAGUUAUUGAGAAGGCCCAGACUCUGUGGGAAGCAGAAUGGCAAAAGUCAAUGACCAAGCAAGGUGUUCAACUCAGCGAGGCCGAUCAACAAGAGUACAACAAACUCAAAGAGGACGUCAACAAGCGAUCAUCUGCGGAACAGUUAAACCUUGACAACUUGCGACGCCAAAUGAAGACUGAAGCCGAAGCCUAUAACAGCCUCAAAAGCAAGUUUGAGAGCACUGAGUGGCAGCUAAACACCUUAGAGUCGGAUACGCAAUCCUUGACUGAGCGCAAAUCCUCUAUCAAUGACACCAUAAAAACUACUUCUAAAGACAUCGAGCGCAAGAAGAAAGAGUUGAACGCUCUUACUUCCGAACGGCUACGCGUUUCUCAGAUGAGGACUGAGCUGGAGGAAAAACUACAAGUUGUAUUGAAGAAGCUUCUUGAGGCGGAUGAUGGCAAGAAGCAGACCGAGAAAGAGCUUAGGACAAAAGAACUUAUUUCAACUCUGAAGCGUAUCUUCCCUGGCGUGAAAGGCCGAGUCAGUGACUUGUGCAAGCCAAAGCAGAAAAAAUACGCUGAAGCUGUCGGCACUGUCCUCGGUCGGCAUUUUGAUGCCAUUAUCGUUGACAACGAGAAAACUGCCAAGGAGUGUAUCCAGCAUCUUCGCGAUCAGAGAGCCGGCCAGGCAACCUUCAUUCCUCUCGAGACUAUUCAAGUAAAGGCAUUCAAUUCUAAUCUAAAGGGUAUGCACAGAGGAAUGCGUCCGGCGAUCGAAACGGUGGACUAUGAUGAUUCUGUGGCCAGAGCUAUCAGCUACGCCUGUGGUAACGCUAUUGUGUGUGAUGACUUAGCGACGGCCAAGUACCUCUGCUACGAUAAGCACGUAGAUGCGAAGGCCGUUACUCUAGAUGGUACAGUCAUCCAUAAGGGUGGUUUGAUGACUGGUGGUCGAGGCCCUCAGCAAAACUCGAAGCGCUGGGAAGAUUCUGAGGUGGAAAAUCUUUUCAAGCUCAAAGACAAGUUGAUGGCCGAUCUUACCAAUCUUCCCAAGGGCCACCGCAGAGGUACCGAGGAAGAAACACUGCAGGGAGAGUUGGUUGGUCUUGAGCAACGCCUGGCCUAUGCCCGAGAGGAGCUCAAGGCACUUGAGAGGAACCUUCAAAGCAAACACAGUGAAUUGGACUUCGUUAAGCGCCAACUCGAAGAAGUGAGGCCCAAAUAUGUGGAGAAGCAGGAGCAAAUAGCGGAACUUGAGCAGACCAUCGCCGCAUCGCAGGAAACAGUCAGCAAUGUUGAAGAUGAAGUCUAUCAUAAAUUCUGCAAGCGCCUUGGAUACAGCAAUAUUCGUGAAUAUGAGGUCCAGCAGGGCUCUCUGCAUGAAGAGGCUGCUCAUAAGAAGCUUGAGUUCACAACGCAGAAGAGCAGGAUUGAGAAUCAACUCAGUUUCGAAAAGCAGCGCCUUCAGGUCACCCUUGAUCGAAUUGCCAGCCUACAGGCUCAACACCAACGAGAUCAGGACAUGAUUGAAGAGCUCCAAGAGGAACAAGAGCGCAUCCGUAAUCAAUUGGACGAGUAUAAUGCAGAGCUUGAUGUUCUUCGUGAGCGCCUCAAACAACAGAAGGAAGCCUACGCACAAUCUGCCGAGAACCUCGCACAACAUCGUAGGGAGCUUCAGAAGCGCAGCAGAGAUGUGGAAGCUACCUUGAAGAAUGUGAACGCACUAGAGGCAGAGGUCCAGCGUAAUUCAUCCAGCCGAUAUGCUCUCCUUCGGCGCUGCAAACUCGAGGAUAUUGACGUCCCAUUGACCGAGAGCUCGAAUUCGCUAGAUCAGCUCCCCAUUGAUGAGCUUGUUCAGGCAGCCGAUCCUGACGCCAUGGACGUUGAUGAAGAUGUGAGCGUUGGUGCGGUUCAGGACUAUGGCAUCGAGGUUGAUUUUGACUCUCUUGGAGAAACACUUAAGGAGGAGUCCGACGAAAAGCUUGAAGAGGAAUUACUAGAUAAAGUUCGGUCUUUGAACAGUGAGCUUGACAAGAUGGCUCCGAAUACCCGCGCAAUGGAACGCCUGGAGAGCGUGGAGAACAAACUCCGAAGCACAGAAAAGGACUUUGAAGAAGCACGGAAACGUGCUCGAAAAACCAAAGAAGACUUCGAAGAAACGAUGCGGCAACGAUCAGAGCUUUUCAACAAGGCGUUCACUCACAUUUCGGAGCAAAUCCAACCCAUCUACCGCGACUUGACAAAGAGUAGUAACUAUCCAUUAGGUGGACAAGCCUACUUGGACAUCGAAGACUCAGAUGAACCCUACCUUGAUGGUAUCAAAUACCAUGCCAUGCCACCGCUUAAACGUUUCCGAGACAUGGAGCACCUGUCUGGUGGUGAGAAGACAAUGGCUGCUUUGGCUCUUUUGUUUGCCAUCCAUUCGUACCAGCCAUCGCCAUUCUUCGUGCUGGACGAAGUCGAUGCUGCUCUUGACAAUACUAAUGUCGCUCGGAUUGCCAACUACAUCCAUGAUCAUGCUGCCCCGGGUAUGCAGUUCAUCGUCAUUAGUUUGAAGACCGGCCUAUUCCAGAACAGCGAGGCUCUGGUUGGAAUUUACCGAGAUCAGACUGAGAACAGCAGUAAAUCCUUGACUCUUGACCUCCGGAAAUAUAAUUAGACGGCCAGGACUGGUAUAUUCGUCUCCAGAGAAACCGUCAUUCUCUUUUUUGAUGAUAUGUAGAAUAGUGAUUGUUCUUGUUCCUUCGCGAUCCAUAGCUUGAUGGGUAGGACGAUUUACUGGCUCUUUCUUGCAACAGAAUAAUGGUUCGCUGUAGGCAAUUGAGUUG